AAGCUCACACUCGUUGGACGCUCUGCAUUCCUCGCUCUUCUUUCCACGAGCUGCCAAGUCACAUUCUUUUGCUCUCACUCCCAAGCAGACGUGGCAGAGAAACAUGGGCCGCGGGCAGCCCUAUCAGUACGGUGCGCCGAAGUCCAUCGCCGACGAUCCUUUCUUGUACAAUGGCUUCAAUCCCAAAGCCGUGACAAUGGCAAGCCGCCAGCCCCCGCCGCCUCCCAGGCCGAAGCAAGAGGGCCCUCUGAUCAACUUCAAUCGCCAUCCUGACAGCUACCUGAUCCUUCCCUAUGGCAAGACCGACGCCAAGCCGAUGAGCCCGAAGACAAAGACAGUCAUAAAGUGGACACGAUGGUUACAGCUACUGCUGCGGGUCUUGCAAUUGAUUGCCGCAAUUGGGAUCUUGGUCUGUGUUAUUGCCAUCCGCGGCACGCAACCGACUGAAGGAUGGGUGAUCCGGAUACCGGCUGGUGUUGAUAUUGCAACCGUAUUGUAUGCAAUCUACCAUCUUGUGCGGACCGCCAAACACCGCACACCGGGAAGCUCUGCAAGCUAUCACUUUUUUGCUCUGAUCAUAGAUGCCGGCCUCAUCCCGUUCUACGUAUUCACAGCAUUACUGUCUAAUCGUAAUUAUCAUGAAGCACCGGGAACGUCUGGCCGAUGGAGGACUCUAUUUCCUACAGACGGAGAUGCCAACAAGAUCCUUCAGACGACCUGGCUCACCGCGACUGCCAUUGCUGGACUGCAUUGUUUCUCUCUAUUUCUGGAUCUAUAUCUCGUGGUCAUAUUCCGGAAGAUCACUCAUCUACCACCAGACAUGAAUCCACUUGAGGACAAUCUCACUUCUCGGCGCAAAACCAAGCACAAGGCGAAGAAUUCCUCGAUUUCGGCCAUGAUUCCCUUAACAGCGGAUGAGAAGAAAAUUAACACCCAGACCAAUAGCACGACUUCACUUUCAAACCGCGGGUCGCAAGCAGACCCAUUGAUCCCUGUGCCGGAUGUCAGCAAGGUAGCAUUCUUCCACACAAGAGCAAACUCUGAUGUCAGCUACUCGCCACACAAUCCCACAACAGCUCGUCUUUCGCGUACAGAUCUUGCGAACUCGAUAUACCAGCAGCCGGCGUCCGUACGAAACUCUCGCGCCGAUCUCCAUAGGCGCGAGGACCUCCAUCGUAGGGAUGACAGCGACGGCGAGACGUUGGCCCAACGCAAAUCUUUCCUCGCAGCGCAAUCCAUUCAACGCUCACGCCCUAACUCCUUCGUAUCGGCUAUGAAUGACGAGAAGAGCGCAAACAACUCCAACAACGGCACUCCUCAGCGGAUUAGCCGCGAGAGCCUUCAAUCCGACAAUUGGUUUGUCCAUGCAUCUGAGGACGACGACCCAUACACCACCGCUCCAUCCACCAACUCACGCUCUCACUCUCCAACGAAGAGCAAGUCCGGAACCACAACUAAAUACAACCAACUUUCCGGCGACAUCUCAGACGACGACAGCGACAUCAUGAUCCCCCAACCCCUCCGAAUGAACCCACCCACGCCCCCUCCCGCAGCGGCCAACAACUUCAAAUCCUCCCCAUCCAAUUCCUCCUAUCCCUCGCGCCCGGCCACCGGCACAAGCACAAGCACAAACGGCUACAACAACCCCUACAACCCGCCCGUCCUCAACACAAACACCACUCCAAAACUAGCCCGCACGAUGACCGUAACCUCCAUCAGUACAGACUCGACCUUCAUGCGCUCGCCCACCAACCGCCCCCUGACGCCCAAGAGCCGCUACUACGGCGACCUCAAAGCCGCGACCCAGGGCAUUCGCGACUCGCCCGGCAACACGAGCCCAACGCGCGGUUCGCCCGCUCCCAGCCCGUCGAAGUACGCCCCUCACAACGCGUAUCCGUCGCGGGCGAAGGCGUACACUACCAACGCAUCGCCAACGAAGGUUAAGGGACACUCGUUCGCGAGUAUUAGGCGUACGGGUGAGGCGGGGUACACGCCUGUGACGGCCCAGAGCCCGCGGGUGGUUAGCCGCUCGGGUGUUGAUAUCGAUGGGGAUUAUGGUUUCGGCGGGUAUGAAGAUGGGGAUCUGGCGAGUGGACGAAAGCGGGAUGUUAGCGGGAAGGUGGCGGAGGAGGGCAGGGGCGGCGUGGGGACUGGUGGGAGGUGGAAGGGGAUGGGAUUGGGUGGACUCAGCUAUAGGAAGGUGAGCGGGGUUGCUUAGGUGGGUUUGGGGAUGGUGUAUACAUUGGUUUGAGCAGAUGGUGCUGUGGGUGGCGUUUUUGGAUUCUGGGGUCUUUUGGUUUUGCUGGCUUUGUGUCUACUCUUUGAAGUGGGGUCGGAUUGAUACAUGUGGGAUCUGUUUGGUUCUGAAAAGUGGCAUGCGGAUUAGAUGUAUGAAUGGAAAGACGAGAGUGUAUGAAAUUCAGGAAGAGUCUUGGAUGCGUCUAUUGCAAUGAGAAAUCCAUCCCUGAAAUGCGUUAUUGCGAUACCGGCUAAUGGUGACACCACGCUAUGCUUAAAAAACUUGUUUGAUGUGUGUCUAUUUGUGCGUCAGAGAUGUUCAGAUUAGGAGAGGCC